AUGACAACCCUCACGCCCCAACAAAGAAAAAGGAGCGAUGUUCCCCUUUCCGCCGACGAGGUCAUCGACAUCGACUCCAUCUGCUUCACCCCCGGUGGCGGGGGCAUCAGCAACAGCACCAUCACUACCUCCACCUCUACCUCUACCUCGACCGGCAAUCGCUGCCACCCCGUCAUCAUUGACCUCUCCGAUGGUGAAGAUGACGACGACGUUAGGAUCCUCAAUUUCAUACCUCUAAACACCCCUUUCGGCAAACGAAGAAAAACGGACCACCACAUCAACAACAAUAACCGUUUCUUUGAAAGAGGAGAGUGUUCAAAGGACGCACCGUUCGUCUGCGGAAACUGCCGGAAUACCAAAACGGUGAGGGACUCCUUCAGCAUCCGCGGGUGCUCCCACGCCUAUUGCUCCGAGUGUGUGGCCAUGUACGUGGGAUCCAAGCUUCAGGAGAAUGUGAUCAACAUCCGGUGCCCCGUUCCGGGAUGCUCCGGUCUGUUGGAGGCGGAGUAUUGCCGCGCAAUUCUCCCGGCGGAGGUGCUUGACUGGUGGAAGAAGGCAUCGCGCGAGAUAAUUAUUGUGGCAUAG